CCACGCAGGGCGUCACUAAGGGAUUAAACCAUUGAAGCUCUCAGAAUUCCGGGCCAGGCCACUAUCGCGCGGGGAGGGGGAGAGAGGCUGUGAGGGUGCAGGGACGCGGAGGGCCCAGCGAGUUGAUUCCGUCGCCGGGGAGCGGUCGCUGGGUCCGCAGCCCCGUCUCUCUCGCCCUCCUCCGGUUAGGCCUCGCGGUGGUCUUGCCCAGACUCGGCCUUAGCGACAGCGGCCACAUCAAGGGAAGAUGGCGGCUCCGGCCUCUGUGCCGGUCAAGGCGUCGUGAGAGCGGCACUCGCUCCCCGCCCCGCCCGGCGCAGGGACCAUGUCGGACUCGGAGGAGGAGAGUCCGGACCGGCAGCUCAAGCUAGUGGUGUUGGGGGACGGCACCUCCGGCAAGACAUCUUUAGCCACACGUUUUGCCCAAGAAGCUUUUGGGAAACAGUACAAACAGACUGUAGGACUGGACUUCUUUUUGAAAAGAAUAACAUUACCAGGAAACUUGAAUGUUACUCUUCAAGUGUGGGAUAUCGGGGGGCAAACAAUAGGAGGCAAGAUGUUGGAUAAAUACAUCUAUGGAGCCCAGGGUGUCCUUUUGGUAUACGACAUCACCAAUUACCAGAGCUUUGAAAAUUUAGAAGACUGGUAUAAUAUGGUAAAGAAAGCAAAUGAAGAAUCAGAAAUUCAGCCACUUGUGGCCUUAGUAGGCAAUAAAAUUGAUUUGGAGCACAUGCGAACAGUGAAAACUGACAAACACCAACGAUUUUGCCAGGAAAAUGGUUUCAGUAGCCAUUUUGUGUCAGCCAAGACAGGUGAUUCUGUCUUCCUGUGUUUUCAGAGAAUUACUGCUGACAUCCUUGGCAUCAAAUUAAACAAAGCAGAAAUGGAACAAUCACAGAGGGUGGUGAAGGCAGAUAUUGUAAACUACAGUCAAGAGCCUGUGGCAAGAACUGUUAACCCUCCUAGAAGCUCAAUGUGUGCAAUUCAAUGAACAUAUUUUCCUUUGUAUUGAUACCGUUGGCAGCCUUUCUUCCCUUGAACAGGCCUAGAGGUUGCCAGGAACUUUGUUGGAACAGUGACCAUCACUGUAGUGCAGUUAGAGGUUUCGAAAACUUGUUAUGCCAUUGUGUGUUGAAAAGCAGCAGGCAUUUUGUUUUAUUGGCCUAAAUUCAAACAGUGGACCACACACUUUGAAAAAUUAAGAUAUAUUUCUGAAUUAUAUUCCCAUAAAGCAGUGUAACUGUGUAUACUUAUGCCCUACUAUCUUUUUGACUGAUGUUGCGGUAAAAUUGGAUUAGAAUUCCUGUAUUCAAAAUAGUUUUAAAGGCAUUUCUGCUGUAAGGUAUUUUGCCAAGGCAUUUUGUCUUUUUUUUUCCUGUGAUCUAAACUGACACUCAGCAAAAUGUAACUUGGAGAUGCUAUUGUCAGAUUAGCAUUUGAACCAGUAAUAUAUUUUAUGUAGGAAUAAUUUGGAAGAUAUUCCAUUGUUAUAUAGUGCAAAAAAUGUAUAAACUGUAUCUAAUGAGAAACAGUCCUUGAAAUAAAGCUAUAAUAAGAACAUACUUUUUUUUUAAGGACCCAAAUUGUCCCCAUUGCUACUUGCAAGAUGCCACUAAUGAAUAGUAGUGUACCAUAUCAAUGUACUUUCUUGUGUUAGAUGUAAUGCAUGUAUGUGUUCAUGAAUUUGGAUGAACCUCUAUCAGCAGUUUGGACUGUUUAUGAUGAGUGAUGUAUUAGGAUCAGUCAUUUUCAGUUGGUUCAUAACCUCCAGGGAUGUUAUGCUCCUUGGCCAGAUGGGGUGGAUUGGGUUUGGCCUGGCACUUUUUUCUUUCCCUAUAACCCAGUCUCAACAGUAAUUCUUGCCAAUACAGUUCAGAGUAAAAGCCACAAAUAAAAAGUUAAGUCACUCAGUCUUAUCCUCUCUGUGACCAACAAAGUUCUUCUCUGCUCCAAUGAAUAUUACUUAUUUCUGGAGAGUCUCUUUCAGACAUAGUGUACUCUGGGGCAAAUCUGAAUGGGAAGCCCAAGAAAGAGGUGAGAUUUAAGACAGACUGCUUGGUUUCAGCAGAGACGAGUAGAUUGAGUCUUUCUUAGCCUUCUAAAGGUGAGGAAAGCCAGUAGGACUGGCAGGGGAAUCUUGUUUAAUGUCACAGGGAGAACAAGUUGAGAGAAGGUGGAAAGGUAAUUGGAGAGGAAAUGAGGCAAAUAAUGGGAAUGGACAAUCCCAGUGCUUUGCAACCAGUGUAUGAAAGAUGAGAUUCCAAAAGAGAGUUAAAAAUGACAUGAAUGUGGUGUCGUUUGUGUGUAUUAUUUGGCUUUUCUUGAGGGCUCACUAUUAUUUUGAAACUGACAAUAUGCAGUGUGAAUGGUAGCUUUAACUGGAUGGUAGAAAAUGAAAAAGGGCUGUGAUUUAUUAUUUCUGAGCGCUCACAAGUGUGCUAGGCGCUUCACAGAAACAAGCUGAGGCCAGUCCCUACCUUAAAGAGUACACAACUGAACAGGCAGAUUUUCAACAUAAGCACGCUCUAUUUAGGGUCAAGUUGAAUAGAGAUUGUUUGUUUUCUGGGCUGGAGAGGAGUAGGUUGGGAAGCUCAGUCCUGUUUCCCCCAACAAAUGUACAUUUUGAGAUUCUACCAUCGUACUAUGAUGUGGAUGCUGCAAGGAGCUUUUGUUGAAUUGUCCCCUUUUACAAAAGUAUUAAGUUUGCACUAAAUCAUGGUCUAUCGAGUUAUUAACCCCGUAACUUCUGGGUUUCCAUAUCACUUGCUGUUCAAUUAAGGAAGGAGGAAGAGUGGUCAUAUGGCUGAAGCACAAGACUGGGAACCAGGAGAUCUGGGUUUAAUUCACAGUCUAGCACAAACAUUCUGUGCGGCCUUGGAUAAGUUUUUGUUGUUUCAUUUGUUGAAUUAAUUUCAUUUUGUGCUGCUGUUUCCUAUCUGUAAAGUGGGAUUAAUGUUUCAAAGUGGCCUCUUUGUAUUCCCACCUUUGGGAUGCCCCUCUCUGCAUGGUUUCAAAGCUUUCUGGAAAGUUUUGAAACCAUGCAAUGGACAGGGGAUAUGCUGUGACCCUCCUCACUUGCAAUAACAAAUAUUCAUUAGCCAAACUUAUUAAAUGGGCUUUGUGGCCAAUCUCAAUCUCUUGUUCUAAAUUUGAGUUCUUAGAACUCCCAAGAGGACAUGAUGGUGGGUGGGGAUUGUUAAUAUACAGAGGCAACAUGCUCCGAGAACUACAAUUUCUGGUGGUAAGUAAUCUGUUUUUUUUUUCCCUCUGUACUUACAAAUCUAAUGGGAUGUUGAGGGUGAGUUUCCACUUUUUUGCACUAGGCCUUACAAGACAUUGAGGUUGGUACAGCCGCCUAUUGACUUAGUUGGAUUUGUCAUAAAAGGGUGAUUAUUUUUCUAUAUAUUUAAUAUUUUCAUGACUUGUAAUAGCAAUAAUGACCUGCAUACUGGGCUUUUCUUGGCUGGUUAGGGGCACAAGGGUGAACUUCUGGCCCCAUUGAAUUCACCUUUGGAGUUUAAUACCUCCAGUUGCUCGUAUAAAUACAAAGAAACGUCUAGCCAUCUUAUGGCAUUUAACUAGCAAACAUAUAUAAAUGUUAAUUAUUCUUCUCCCUUCUUCCAAAUGUUAUGUAAUAAACUUUUCAUAACUCUUA